CAUCGUCCCAGUGACAUUUCACGCCGUCGCUGUUAUUCAAUAACACUUGUAGGAGCCGCACGAUGAAGUUCAGCGGGCGAAAUUAAAGGAAAAGGUGUGUUUUUGGACGGAAAGACUUGGCACGUGGCACCGAGAGCAUGUCUCAGGUGCUGAGGCUUCUCUCGGCGGCCGCCCUGCCGCUCUGCCGGGCUGCAGGAGCCCGGGCUCGCUUCUCCGCGGUGACCGCAGGUCGGCUCUUCACAGCCGGAUAUCGAAGCUCUGCUGCCCCGAACGUCUGUCGGACUCCAGCUAACUUCUUGUCCUGUCGCAGAUUCCAGUUGGCUCAGCGCCGCCUGUACUCGACUGAACCUAAAGAUGGUAAAGGAGGAGCAGGAGGAGGAAAGAGAGGAGGAGGAGGUAAAGACUGGUGGAGCCGUCUGCAGAAGGGCGACUUCCCCUGGGACGAGAAGGAUUUCCGUUAUCUUGCGAUCACCGUCGCCGGAGUGAGUUCAGUUCUGCUCUACCUGUACCUGCGAGACAACGGCAGAGAGAUCAGCUGGAAGGACUUCGUCCACCGAUACGUGGGCAGAGGAAUUGUGGAGCGUUUAGAGGUCAUCAACAAACAGUAUGUCAGAGUCAUUCUGGUGCCGGGAGCCAACGCUGACGCGAGCUACGUUUGGUUCAACAUCGGCAGCGUCGACACGUUCGAGAGGAACCUGGAGGCGGCGCACCUGGAGCUCGGCCUGGAGCUGUCGCACCGCCCCGCCGUCGUCUACAGCACCGAGAGCGACGGCUCGUUUCUGCUCGGCAUGGUUCCCACGCUGCUGCUCAUCGGCUUCCUGAUCUUCAGCCUUCGGCGGGGACCAAUGGGUGGAGGCAUGGGUGGCGGGAGGGGCGGGCCCUUCAGCAUGAGCGAGUCGACGGCGAAGAUGAUGAAGGACAACAUCGACGUCAAGUUCAAGGACGUGGCCGGCUGUGAGGAGGCCAAGCUGGAGAUCCUGGAGUUCGUCAACUUCCUGAAGAACCCACAACAGUACCAGGACCUCGGAGCCAAGAUCCCCAAGGGUGCUGUGCUGUCCGGACCUCCUGGUACCGGGAAGACUCUGCUGGCUAAAGCCACAGCCGGAGAGGCCAACGUCCCCUUCAUCACUGUUAAUGGCUCCGAGUUCCUGGAGAUGUUUGUGGGCGUCGGUCCUGCCAGGGUGAGGGACAUGUUCUCCAUGGCGAGGAAGAACGCCCCCUGCAUCCUCUUCAUCGACGAGAUCGACGCCGUGGGGAGGAAGAGAGGAGGAGGAAACUUCGGCGGGCAGAGCGAGCAGGAGAACACUCUGAACCAGCUGCUGGUGGAGAUGGACGGUUUUAACACGGCCACCAACGUGGUGGUCCUGGCUGGAACCAACAGACCCGACAUCCUGGAUCCUGCACUGAUGAGAGCGGGACGCUUCGACAGGCAGAUCUACAUAGGUCCUCCUGACAUCAAAGGCAGGGCGUCCAUCUUUAAAGUCCACCUGCGACCAAUCAAACUGGACCCCAACAUGGACAAGGACGUUCUCGCCAGGAAGAUGGCUGCUGCCACGCCGGGAUUCACCGGCGCUGACAUCGCUAACGUCUGUAACGAGGCGGCGCUGAUCGCUGCCCGACAUCUGGGUCCAUCAGUCAACGCCAAACACUUUGAACAGGCCAUCGACCGGGUCAUCGGAGGUCUGGAGAAGAAGACUCAGGUCCUGCAGCCCACAGAGAAGAAGACGGUGGCGUAUCACGAGGCCGGACACGCCAUCGUCGGCUGGUUCCUGCAGCACGCCGACCCGCUGCUGAAGGUGUCGAUCAUCCCGCGGGGGAAGGGUCUGGGUUACGCUCAGUACCUGCCCAGAGAGCAGUACCUGUACAGCAGAGAGCAGCUGUUCGACAGGAUGUGCAUGAUGCUGGGAGGCCGCGUGGCCGAGCAGAUCUUCUUCGGCAGGAUCACCACCGGCGCUCAGGACGACCUGAAGAAGGUCACGCAGUCCGCCUACGCUCAGGUGGUGCAGUUUGGGAUGAGCGAUAAGGUGGGACAGGUGUCGUUCGACCUGCCCCGGCAGGGCGAGAUGGUGAUGGAGAAGCCGUACAGCGAGGCGACGGCCGAGCUGAUCGACGAGGAGGUCCGAGAGCUGGUGGACCGAGCGUACCAGAGAACCAUGCAGCUCAUCGAGGACAAGAAGGAGCUGGUGGAGCUGGUGGGGAAGCGUCUCCUGGAGAGGGAGGUCCUGGACAAGGCAGACAUGUUGGAGCUGCUCGGCCCGCGGCCGUUCGAGGAGAAGUCGACGUACGAGGAGUUCGUGGAGGGGACGGGGAGCUUCGAGGAGGACACGAGCCUGCCGGAGGGCCUGCGAGACUGGAACCAGGAGCGAGGACGGGAGGAGGCCGAGGAGACGGUCCCCGCUCGAGACAAACAGCAGGCGGCGUAGAGACGGACGGAGACGAACAAACGCUUCACAUCCCAGCUGCAAAAACACAACUCGGCGUCGCAGAGCCUCGGAGGUGGUCAGGAGUUAUUUCAGUUCCCUCACGUUAAUGAUUAAAUCCAUUACAAACCGUCAGGUCGGUCCCCAUCUGUCUGCUUUUAAAACAGUUUGAUGGAGAAAAGGAAGAAUUAUAAAUUUCAGCUCAUCAGUGAUUAAUCUGAGGGAACGUUUGAGAAGCUCCAGGCUCUCGUCACAUGUGGACUUUUAAUUUCACUGAAGCUGCGAUGAGUCCGGACAGGAAGACGAUUCUAACGGCCUUAAACAGACCAACAAACACCGGACUGUGUUAUUAUUCCUGAACUGUGUAAGAGAUGCACACUUAGACUAUUUAUUUUAUUAAAAAGGACUUUGGCCUCCUGACUGAUGUUGAACUUUUCUGCUGCCACAUUUAAAACCUUUUUAUAGGUUUGAAUAUUUUUUUGAGUUGAUGUGAAGUUGAUUUUAUUUCCUGCAGUUGAUUUUACAACAUUUCAAGCUCGCUGCACAAGGAGCUUUACUGGGAUUUUAUACAAACACGUUGAUGUUGUGUAGAUGAUUGUAUACUUUUUUUUUUUGUGCUAACUCAGCAGGAAGCUGCUCCAUCGGUCCACCGACUGACGGGAAACAUUCAGUUUUCUCUCUGAAGGACUUCUGCUCAUCUAAAGUUAAAAUCCCCCUCAAACAUUUAGACAGGAAACUCAUCAGGACCGUUUCAAACUGACUCCUAAUUUAUUUUAGCCAACUAAUUAAACUGAUCGUCUGUGCAACCUCACUUCUGCCUCAGAUGAAACACAUCAGUGUGUCCUGAUGUGAGAUUACCUUAUUGUGUCUUUAGUCCCUGAAACAGAUCAAAUUUUAACAUUCAAAGACACUUUUUAAAGACGUUAUUUCCUCCAGUGUUCAGGAUGAAGCAGAGAACAAUGACUGAAGUUAAAACUUAGAUGAAAAUGAAGAGUCGUUCCAGUUUAACACUAAGGAACUUUGUCAUUUAGUCAUUUUCGACUGCUGCAAGUUGUAUUAAGGAUUCAGACACUGAGGGGGAUUUUUUUUCUUUUGUCACAUUGUUAUUAUCACUGUCGUCCAGCAGGAGGCGUCAUCACUGACUGAGACAGCAGGAGGGCUGGACGAGCAUGAACAUAAAGUCAAACAGCUGCUAAAUCUGAACGGACUUUAAGUAACUAAAUCAGAUUAUUAAAUAUUAAAGCCUCGUCCUGUUACAUGAACUCUGAAGUUUGUUUUCCUGCUGAAGCCCCGCCCUCCUGUGACCUCACAUGUUACCACAUAACCACGGAGGUUAUAGAAGUAUAUGAAUCUUCUUCUGUGCUGUUUGUCAUCAUCACACGCAGAGAGCUGAACAAUAAAUGUUCUUUUAAAUGAAAAUCUCAA